UAAAAACUGAUUUCGGAGCAAUAUUAACAUAUAUUACUACUCGAGAGUAAAGCUUCCUUCGCACAAAGACAGGUGUACUUCACAGACUAGUUUUAUGUGUUGAAUCGAUAUCUGAAAUUAUAAUUCGUUUAUAGUUUUUGAAGUUACAACGAAACGGAUAGACAAUUGAUCGCUUCAGAUCUAGAUUCACCUUAUCGGAAUCUAAAUGAUAAACUAAACACACACUUGUUUCUAAAAUUGUACAAGUACGAUCUAAAAGUAUAUUCUCUGGCCUUCUAAAUUAUUACAAUUUAUGCAUGUGCAAGUUACGUUACGAAUUUUCACAUAUUAAAGGAUUUUUUGGGUUUGAACUAUAUUCUAAACGAAAUUUAAAAAAAAAAAAAAAUACCAAGAUAAUGGAGUAUCCCCUGCACUUAAAAACCGAUCCGUCAUUAAUAUACACAAUUCAUUGCACAUUUAAGAGUUAUCAACAUAGACCGACAGUAGUAUUUUAGUAAAGUUUGUUUUAAAAGCCCAUCACUGCUACAAAUCUUACUUUUAACCUCUCCCUGAAAAAUGGUCAACUGCCGAUACAUGAUUAACUAAUGCAACCGUUAUCUUGCUCGUGACCGGUCAGCAAAGUGUUAAGUCACACAGUCUGAUCUCUACUCCGUUAUUUUAAAAAAGACUACCCACGCUCAACUUCGACCAGCAAAAAGUAAGAGUACACCGUUCAAGAAUCUCGAAAAGAGUAGACGUACCUUUGAAAAAAAAAGGGGGGGGUCGGUAGUCAAAGGUAGUUGUUGCACCGGUUCGUACAUGAGAAACCGAGGCGGUGCACACACCAUGUUGGAAACGAAGUCGGUGAAACGGUUCGCGAAGCAUACGGUGCUUAAGGGGUUAACAGUACGUAUAAUGAAAUCAUCGGUGGUACGAGGGCCAAGACGCGUAUCUAUCUCCCACGCAGCGAGUGGCAAGGAUCGGCGAGGGUGGCGUGCACGAAGGUGGGAGUGCAGGGAGGACUGAGAGGUAGCCGGAGGAGUACGGUGGAGUGGUGAAGAAGGAGGUGGGGUGUCGUAGGAGGUGGAGGCAGGAGGGAAGAAGGUGGGACCGGAGUGCCGGUGAGCGAGCGUGCAACAGCGAGAGGACGAGGUGAGUAGUGAGCUAGUGAGUCCGUGAGCCCGAGUGAGUAACUGGGAGCCGCAACCGAGGACCCACUCAGUCACCACGAGAUCGGCAAGCCGAAUGGUCAACCGCACCAGUUCUCCCGCUCGGAAGUCUGCGCACAGCCGAAGGAAUCCUAAUUCCUAACAGAGACACGUUGUUCCUUCGAAUGUCAACUAACGCGCUCCUCCGCGGACGCAUCGUUCGAAUCGUGUUACCGACGUCGGGGCGAGCACCGCGCGAUUUCUCGAGAUCGCACAGGGGAUUCGUAAACGCGGUUUCACGAUGUGGAGAUUUCUGGUGCGCUGUUAUGUCACGCUGACAUCGAUCUGACGCGUUUACCUUAUGCCGUCUCGAUUGGUUUAACGAGUACGUGUCUUCCGCUGGUUACUGUUUCCGCGUUUCGCGUACGCAACGAUCGCCACCGAUCUAGAGGGAUACUGACUUUCCGGGGAAAACCACCUCGCGUCGCGGCGGGACCGGAAGUGCGUGAGUGGAUGCGAGCAGGCGGUAACGACGGGAGAAGCCGAAGACUCUCCUGCAGGACUACGAGGAAGAGAUGAUCUUCGAGCUGCUGGUGGCUGGAGCUUUCGCCCUCGCCACACUAAGGCGGUAUUCGGUGGCACAGACGAUUACCUUCACGAGCCUUGCAUUUUUCCUGAGUUCGGGCCUGAAUACGGUUUCAGGUGCGCCUGCUUUCGGCCUUCGCACCAUCGAAUCCUCCUCGAAUAAUACGUACCGCUGGUUGCAGCCGUGUGGCAAUCCGAUGCCGAUGCAGUUGAAGAGGAUGCCACAGCGACACAGCGUGCACAGGACACUGAAGAGGGUGCGGAUACAGCUCAGAAUCGCUCAGAACCACUUUAAGAUGCAUCUCAAGGAUAUACACGAGAUAUAUUCGAAGGUGUACAAAGUGCUGAAGGAACAGUACAGAAUGCCAUGGCUCCCAGAAAAGGAAUUCGACUGGUAUUACAGGGAGAUUUGGUGUCUUGAAAAAGGAAAAAAAGCUGGUCGCGCGCUUCCACAUCUUCACGAUUCGCUUCAAAGGUUCGCCAUCACGUUCCAUCAUCUCCGAGAUUUCUAUCUGAAAUCUGACAUUAACGUCGAUCUCACGAUGAACAGGAGAAACGAGAUCAUUAAUCAAAUGCACAAUGAGAUUCUCAGGGUGUUAUGUGAAGUGGAGACUGCUAUUUUAAACUUAGACUUGAAUAUACCCACAAAGCAUAAAUCUAAAAUUGUCACGGAGAGUUCUAACUGGGCAAAGGAAGGCGACUUAACACUGAUGUUAAUUCAGGAUUGGGGUGUUAUCAGAUUUUAUCAAACAUUUCUUAACGCCUGGACCAAAGCCUUUCGUAACGCGACUGCACCUGGGCUAGGUACCUGUGACCCGAAAAAACAGAAGUAUCCAGGACCAAAAAUUAUUAACAGGGGACCCGGGCAAAAGGGUAAAAGGAUAUCAAAGAUUAAGAAACAAAAUAAGCCAGUUCGGAAGCAUUCUUUGGGUGCCGGUCAGAAUAGUUCCUUGUCUCGGGGACCAAGAAAAGGUUCGUCGAAACACAGUCUGUUUAGAAACAAACAAAGGAAGCUCGCAGAAGUGUGACAAGAUUAAUCUCACGAGGGUUUCCCUUAACUUUUUACGAAAUCUCUCAAUUAUUCGAAGUAAUGGGUUUAACAGGCAGCCUUAACAAUCUAUUAAGGAAUUAACUUUUUUUCUUCGCCGACCUGAACUCUCUAUUGUUAUAAUUAGAACACUAUCAGCGUGUAACAUUCUAUAUUUUUGCAAGCCUUAAUUUGAGAAACAAAUGUCUAAUACAUACAUUAGUUCCUUUAGACACUUUGAGAGUUCUCUUUGUUUAAGAACGUUAUUUUCAUCGUAACUUGAUCGUUUUUAAGUUCUUGGCAUUAAUAUUAUUGCGUAGAAGUUAUUUGCCCGUCGAGCUUCUUUUACAGUUUUGCAUCUUUCAAAUUGUCGCUGACAAAUGUUUUUUUUUUAAUUAUUAUUAUUAUUAUUUAAUUUAUCGUCACGAUAUUUCGUAGAUGCUUAAUACUUUGAAAUCUUGCCAGUUUUUCCCAAUGUGGUAGCGUUAAGAGUGUUGCGAUAGAAUUAGACGAGAGCGACAAUCGUAUUUAGGAAUUAACGAUUUCUUUUCCGACAUCUGGUACAGCUGAGAGUUAAAGCGUCGUUGAGAAUCAAAUUGUAUACUAGAGACCAGUAUUAAGAAAUGUAUUUCAGAACAGUAUUAUAUCUAAUAAUCUACUUAAUAACAAGAAUAAGCGAAUAACACGGAUUAGAAGUUCGAUUCGUACGGUACGUUUUAAAGGGUUACUCUUUUAUUUUCAUGUUUCUUUUUUUGCAGCCAAAGUUAUUGACAUAGACUUUUAAAAUUUAGUAUAUUUAUUUGUAUAUGUAUAUAGAAGAUUCUGUUAAAUUUACAACUGUCUUGUUGAAUUUGUUUCGAAGUUACAAUAGUCUUAAACAAUCAAAAAUGAUUUUGUUCUAUUCAUUAUGAAUUUCAGUAUCGGCCGCGAUACAUGUUUGUGUGCAUCCUCAUUUUCCCACAUAGUCGACACACUUUUCCUUCGCAUCUUUUUCAUUCCCCAUAUGGCCAUAUAAAUUCAAAAUCUUGCUAUCGUCAUUUUUCUAUAGGUUUCACACCUUAUAAACAGUUAUAAUUUUAAUAAUUUUGAAUUUUCUAUAGAAAUAUUCUCAAGACCUUAAACAGUAAAAAAAAAAAGCAAUUCUUCGAUUGAAAAUAAAAGAGUAACCCUCAAUCGAUUUGUCUAACGAGACGAUCGUCGCGGACGAAUCCAUUUGAAACUAUUAGCCGUGUUGCGCAUUCAAGGGAAAACGAUAGUAUAAAAUAAACAUAGUUAGAAUGUAAUCGAUUGCGUGACAAAUGCGAUAAGAGUUCAGAGAAAUUAUCCGAACGAAAGCACGUUGACUGCAGAAAGUUUGAUCUGACAGGUCAAGCGUUUCUUUUUUUUUUUUUUUUUUGUGCAACGAAGCAACGUACAGAUAUGGAAGUUGUUUCUUUUGUAACUCUUUGCAUUGCACGCGACGCGCGUUUACGUUGAUGCGGUAAAACGAAUCGUACCCAACCGAUCGUGGCUCAUUGUAAAUACGUACAUCGUGGCGAAGCACCGCGGUAUCGAGAUUUCGAAACGUACAGAAAGUAUUGAUGAAAAUACGCCGCAAGAGUCAUUGAUUAUUAAUCGCCGAACGAGACGGUUCGUCAAACUUAUUUAUUGUAGCUUUAACAUAAGCAGGCGAAAGCUUAAUGUUGUUUAGCUGUGAUAUCACCAGCGUACGCGUACGUACAGAGUUCCUACGUUUUAUACAUAGGCGCAUUACUUAUCGUAAGUGACGUGCGUUAACGCGUACGAUAUACGUGUAUUUAGGUGUAAUCGUAUCUUUUCUUUUUACUUUCUUUCAUAUCUGUUGUUUCUUUUUUAUUCGCCAGUCCGUAGAAUCUCGUCCUGUCGCGAACAUGACAGUUUUUUUUUUUUAUCUUUCGAUAUUUUGCUUCUUAAUUGCUUUCGAGCGUUCGAAAGACGCUGUAUUCGGGGCGACACCGUUUUCCAGGCGAUUUUUCCUUAGUCCCAAUUCGAGUAUAGUAGACUCCUGUAUAACGCGAUAAUUGUAUUACAUGUACAAGCCUUUUCAAAAUUCUGUUUUAGUUAGUGAAAUCAGUGUAUUUUUAAAUAGAUCAUGGCUUUCUAUAUUUAUUUCUGCGAUAUCAAAUUUUUGGAGUCAAGUUGCACUUUCGUCUCUGUAAAACAGGAAGUUUCAUGGAAAUCAACAAUUUCAUUGAAAUUUAAUAGACACAGAUAGUUGCAGAAACUUAUUAUGUUUUUAUAAUUUUAUAAUUUUAUAAUUAAAAUAAACGAGAAAUCGGGUUAUUCGAACACAAUAGUCGCAAGACUUCUGGCACGUCGCAGGAAUUCGCGUUGUAAGGGAGUCUACUACACUUAGGCCAGACGACGAAACACGUCUCGUUUAGUUAUGAUACGAGUAUCGAGGGACCAUUUAAGAAUCGUAAGAAUUAUUUGUAUACGCGUUGAACUCACCCGCGGGUGUAUCGUCGCAGCAUUAUUCUUCCUGAAUGAAAACACGUUUGUAUUGAAGGCAAUCGAUAUUUUAUAUUGAACCGGUACUUAGGCAUACGUGUACUUUAAUGUUAAAUAUUUUUGUACUUGGUAUUCACGCGCGAUACCGAACGUUUUAUACACGCGCACUUAGACGUUAAGGAUUCCACUUGCAUUUUAUCAAGUAUACGUAGUAGUUAUAUUUAUUGUGGCGUACACGUAGACGUACAUAGUGUUACGAUUUAUUUAUUAUAUCACGUUACCAUCGCAUAUAUUAUUUAUUGUCAUUUCUGUACUUGUAUAAUCGUCUCGAAUA